UGUCAAACUUGUAGUAAUUAUAUUGUGAAUUUGAUAUCACAGAAUUUUCAGUGAUUCAUAUCAUAAGUUUACGGAAAACGAUACGAUUUUGAAAUGAUAACAAGAUUAACAUUGAUGAGUAUUUAGAUGUCAUUAUUAAUGGCCAGAUUGCCGAAUGGCUGGAUUCAGCUGGUAUCUGUCUGAAGGCUUCCAAGUAAUAAUUGAGAAGUCAAAAGAAGCAAAAUGUUCUCUGAAAGAUGUACAGUUGCGUUUCUUGUGCCCUGACGAUCUGGAGGAGGUAAGAUCUUUGUGCAGAGACUGGUUUCCAAUAGAGUAUCCACAAUCAUGGUAUGAGGACAUAACAUCUUCUGAGAGAUUCUUCGCCCUAGCUGCAAUAUAUAAAACCCAGAUAAUUGGUCUUAUAGUUGCCGAGAUUAAACCUUAUCUCAAACUCAAUGCAGAAGACCGAGGAAUACUCUCAAGAUGGUUUGCCACCAAGGAAACACUGGUUGCAUAUAUAUUAUCACUAGGAGUGGUACGUUCAUACCGUCGAUCAGGAGUAGCUACAAUGCUACUGGAUGUACUAAUCAACCAUUUAUCUGGACCAGUGCAUCAGCCACCUCACGAACAUCGUGUUAAAGCAAUAUUUCUCCAUGUACUAACAACAAACAAAGAAGCUAUUUUGUUUUAUGAAAAGAGAAGAUUCAGACUGCACUCUUUCCUGCCGUAUUACUAUUCAAUAAAAGGCCGGUGCAAAGAUGGAUUCACAUAUGUAUACUAUGUUAACGGAGGCCAUGCACCUUGGGGGUUGUAUGAUUAUGUGAAGUAUGUAGCUCGAGCAGCAUGGCGUGGAGGCGGCCUUUACCCCUGGCUGUGGGGCAAGCUGCGGACUGCUCUCACCAUCGCUUGGCAUAGGAAGAAAAAACUAAAGGCAUCGAGUGAUAUUAAGUAUGCAGUAUAGUGCCAUGAUUUUAUGCCAAGACAUUUGAAGUAAGGUGCCUGUGUGUUCACUUGAAAGAAGUAAUUUAUAAUUAACAUAGAAAAUAAUUCUAUCCUAAAAUUAUUGUUAUAAAUAUUAAACGCAUUAAUAUAAAUAAUUUUACAUGGUAACACUGUGCUUAUGUAAGGUUUUUAUCACACUAGCGUACUUCACCGCUUGCUAUUUGCAGACUUUCUGUACGCUAAGGUUUAUUGUUAAGGUGCUUUAUUAUUUGAUUAUGCUAACAUUUUAACAAUUUGUAGCCAUCGUUUCCCGAAUAUUGCGUUUGUUAAGAGAUUGCAUGACUAAAAGUCGUAAACAAUCGUUUUCAAUGUGCAUAGUUUUAUAAUAUUUAACUAAAUAUCAAGUUAACUCUAAUGUUUAAAUAUGAAAUACUAAUUAAAACUUACAAGUUAUAUUUUUUUAAAUAUAUUAAAAUCUAUCAUUAAUUUUACCUCAGUAGAUUUUCUUAUAAGCCGUGUAUUCACGGCCGCACUAUUAAUCAUACAAAAAAAACGCUAGUGUGAAAAGAAUCUGUUAUUAUAUUUUUAACUCAUCAAGAACCAAAGUAAUUUUAUUAUCUUAAUAUAUUUUAGUGCUUGAAAGUAUUAAAGAAAUU